AUGGACGCGCAGCGCGCCGCCGCGCUCCCGGCGGGAGAGUUUUCUCUGACAUCCGGGGGCUACCGGAGUGCGGGCCGGAGCAGGCGCCUCAGCCGCAGAAGCAUCCCCAGGAGCACCCCCGCCAGGAGCUGGGAAAAGACUCAUCUCCAGCCCCACAGUCUCCAGGCAGAGGAAGGACCGAUGCUGGAGCGACGCUGCAGGGGCCCCCUGGCCAUGGGCUCGGCCCAGCCCCAGCUCCUUUUGGGGCCCUCCCCGGAGCCGUCCCAGACCCUGGAGAAGGAGCCCCACGGGCUGAGGUUACAAGGUACCUCGGUGACCCAGCCAGGCAGCCAGGCUCCAGGUCGGGUCCAUCGCUGUGCCCACUGUCGCAGGCACUUCCCCGGCUGGGUAGCCCUGUGGCUUCAUGCCCGACACUGCCAGGCCCGGCUGCCCCUGGCCUGCCCGGAAUGUGGCCGUCGCUACCGACACGCCCCCUUCUUGGCACUGCACUGCCAGGUCCAUGCGGCCGCCACUCCAGACCUGGGCUUCUCCUGCCACCUCUGCAAGCAGAGCUUCCGAGGCUGGGUGGCCCUGGUACUGCACCUGCGGGCCCACUCGGCUGCCAAGCGGCCCAUCGCCUGCCCCGAGUGUGAGAGACGCUUCUGGCGACGAAAGCAGCUUCGAGUGCAUCUGCGGAGGCGCCAUCCCCCCACCCCCGAGGCCCGGCCCUUCAUAUGCGGCAAUUGUGGCAGGAGCUUCGCCCAGUGGGACCAGCUCGUCGCUCACAAACGGGUACACGUAGCCGAGGCCCUGGAGGAGGCAGCAGCCAAGGCUCUUGGGCCUCGGCCCAGGGGCCGCCCGGCAGUGACCGCCCCCCGGCCCGGGGGGGACGCCGUGGACCGCCCCUUCCAGUGCGCCUGCUGUGGCAAGCGCUUCCGGCACAAACCCAACCUGAUUGCCCACCGCCGCGUGCACACGGGCGAGCGGCCCCACCAGUGCCCCGAGUGUGGGAAGCGCUUCACCAACAAGCCCUACCUGACCUCACACCGGCGCAUCCACACCGGCGAGAAGCCCUACCCGUGCACCGAGUGCGGGCGCCGCUUCCGCCACAAACCCAACCUCCUGUCGCACAGCAAGAUCCACAGGCGGUCCGAGGGGUCCACCCAGGGCGCCGCCAGCACCGGGGGGCCCCCCCAGCUUCCAGCCGGGCCCCCGGAAUCUUCCGCAGAGCCCGCCCCGGAGGCUCGCCUGAGACCUGCCCAGGCGCCUGUCCGGGAGCCUGCCCCCGAGCCCCUGCUGGAGGCCCCCGGAGAGGGCCCCCGGGACCAGGCAGAGGCGCCCCCGUCUCUCUACAGCUGCGAGGACUGCGGCAGGAGCUUCCGGCUGGAGCGGUUCCUGCGGGCCCACCAGCGGCAGCACACGGGGGAGCGGCCCUUCGUCUGCCCCGAGUGCGGGAAGGACUUCGGCAAGAAGACCCACCUGGUGGCCCACUCGCGGGUCCACUCAGGGGAGCGGCCCUUCGCCUGCGAGGAGUGUGGGCGCCGCUUCUCCCAGGGGAGCCACCUGGCCGCCCACCGGCGCGACCACGCGCCCGAGCGGCCCUUCGUGUGCCCGGACUGCGGCAAGGCUUUCCGCCACAAGCCCUACCUGGCGGCCCACCGGCGCAUCCACACGGGCGAGAAGCCCUACGUGUGCCCCGACUGCGGCAAAGCCUUCAGCCAGAAGUCCAACCUGGUGUCCCACCGGCGCAUCCACACCGGCGAGCGCCCCUACGCCUGCCCCGACUGCGACAGGAGCUUCAGCCAGAAGUCCAACCUCAUCACCCACCGCAAGAGCCACAUCCGGGACGGCGCCUUCUGCUGUGCCAUCUGUGGGCAGACCUUCGACGACGAGGAGAAGCUCCUGACCCACCAGAAGAAGCAUGACGUCUGA